UUUAAACCAAUAUUAUUUUAUACACAGCAAUAAUCGUAUAUUCACUAUUUUAGUCAUAAUUAUAUAUCAAAAUGUGGGAGCAGUUGGAAAAAUAUCGCAAUCAUUUUCUGCAAUAUGAAAUCAAAGAUGUUAUGAAACCCAGCUCUAUUAAUUGUCUCCAAAACACGGAAUGGCGCACAUUAAUGAACACUCGUGACUUUUGCAAAUGCUUCCCUCAACGCUGCCCACCGAGUUCUACUUACUUUGAGGAUCGUGCUCAGUUGGCCUAUGGCGACUUCGCUUUGCCCAAACUAUUGAAGGAAAUGGACAGCAGUGUUAGUUUGACGCAUUGGCGUGCCAUUGUCUCAUUGUCAGAGUUCCUGCUGAAUCCGUUGAAUGCACAGCGUGCCAUAUUAGAGUUGGAUAUAAUUAGAAAAGUAAAGAAUGCUUUCAUGAGAAUGCGAUUAGAGUUUCACGCUUCACAUUACAACGAAGUGGAAACGUAUCUUAAAAUCUUCAAUAUACUCUCUCGCAAUAUGAUUGGUGCUGAGCGUAUUGCCAACUGCAAAUGCUUGAGAAUUGAGUUCUAUAAGAUUCUGAAGAAUAAGGAAUACUUGAAGGAUGAUCUGGCCGCCGAGAUCCUGUUUAAUUUGACGAGCAAACCAAAGGUCCUUGGCAUUGUCUUGGCGGAUCCUGAGAACUUUGAAUCAGUGGCCGACAUUUUUAAGCAGGAUCCUUGCCGGCCCUUUUAUCCGGUCUAUUUGUGGCAUCAUCUGUGCAACAUGUUGGAGGUUGCACCGGAGCAGGGCAUCGAGUUGGGUUUCUUUGAGUUGCUCCAUUCGAGGAUUGUCAACCGGUUGCCCAAAUUCUGGGACAUGAACAGCAAAGCUUUUGCCCUUCUCCUACGCUGCGGGGAGGGGCAGCGUCGCUUUGACAAUGUCGAUGGCAUCAAGAUGAUCUACGAGGUGUUUUCCCCCCAGGUGCAAGUGGAUAACUAUGAGAAUGUGGUUCUCAUUCUGCUCAACGGACUGCACAGCAAGCGUUCCCUUUGGCGCAGCCGUGAAUUCACCGUCCUCCCCUGCCACCUGGGUCGUCGCUUGUCCUCGGAAACGAAUCCUCGCCUGCAGCUGUACUGCCUGAAGGGUCUGCGGGAACUGAGCGUGAUGCCAUGCAUCAAAAGAUACAUUAUCGCCAAUUGGCUGGAGGAGAUCCGGCAACUCGUCUGCCUCGAUGCCGAGGCCGAGUGUGCUCGGGAUUCGCUGCUGAAUUGGCUUCGUCGUGAUAUCGCGGACAGCAGUUAAUUUUAAUACGACCAUGUUUGGCAUUCUAUUUAUUCACAAAUUAAAUUUAUUCAGUCGGUUUUAUUGAGCAAAACA